AUGGAUUCUGCCAGACUAUAUUUUACAGAAGCUGAAGAAGAUACUUCUUUACUUUCCGCAUUUUACCAAGACAUGAAAGAAAGACUUGACACACACGAGAUUUCUGUGGCAGAAAUAGAAGGUGACCUGGAGAUAGACAUAUUUUAUCUGGAGCAGAAACUAGGGGAAAUAACUUCGUGGGGAAUAAAGCACCUGCGUGCAGCAUUGUCAAGGAUACUUGAGGAAAGUGGAAGGGGAGUUCAAAAGACAUACAUUAAAAUGAUACCAUUUAUGGAACCUGUGCAAUUCUCUGCACUAAGACACUCUUCGGUUGGAAAGGUAUUUUCAAUUGCAGGCGUUGUCUCGCGCAUUGAAAGUUCAAAGCCAAUUCCAACCGUAAUGGUAUUUGCAUGCAAUAAGUGCAAAAAAGAGAUUUUGUUCAUGCCUCAUAUGGGAGUGUAUAACAAGCCAGAUGCGUGUACAGAGCCUUGCAAGUCAAAUAAAUUCACGUUCAUUAAGGACUCGGACAAAAAUGAGUUCAGAGACUUCCAGAGGGUGAAGAUACAGGAGUUAUUUCUAACAGAAAUAGAGAGACGCAAGGCAGGCUCCAUCAACUGCAUUGUUCACAGGAGCUUUGUAAAUACACUGCUUCCAGGUGAUGCAGUGCACAUUCUUGGCACAGGAAUUGCUGAGGACGUAGGGGAAUCUGAGUAUACGCUUGGAAUAAAGGCAAAUAAUAUCAUGUUUCUAAAGCAGAAAGAUGCACAAAACCAGUUUACAUUCUUCCCAGAUGACUUGCAAAAAAUAAAGAAGCUCUCAGCAAAGGAGAACGUAGUUGAUCUGGUAGGAGAGGCUCUUUUCUCAGAAAUAGUAGGGAAUAAAAUUCUUAAGAAGGGGAUUCUUCUCUCGCUAGUAGGCGGAACACACAAGAAGCAUAAAAGAAAGGAAAUACAUUUGGUUGUUAUAGGUGACCCAGGCAUGGGAAAGAGCAAAAUAAUUCGAAAGGCAUCUGAGAUACUUCCAAGAAGUAACUAUGUCUGCGGAACCACAACUACAGCAGGAGGCCUUGGUCUUUCAAUGCAGUCGAGUACAGGCGGUGACUACGUUCUGUCAGCAGGUGCACUAGUUCUGAGUGAUCUUGGGCACUGCUUCAUUGACGAGCUUGACAAGCUGGAAACCCCCCAAAUACUCUUUGAAGCAAUGGAAAGCCAAGAAAUAACUAUUGCAAAAGCAGGAAUGGUCUGUGCGAUGCCUGCUAGAACUGCAGUUAUUUCAGCAGCAAAUCCUCUCUUUGGCCGGUAUAGAAAAGACAAAACUGUUCAGGAAAAUAUCAAUUUCCCAGGAGAAUUUCUUUCUAGGUUUGAUCUUAUUUUUGUUAUGAUUGAUGAGAUAAAUACUAAAGAGCAUUGCUCAAUUGCCCGGCACAUUCUAGGGAGUGCAAGCAUUGAAGAUAUGCAGCCAGGACAUAUUUCUGCAGAAACAGCCCAGAAGUACGUGCAGUAUGCGAGAGAGCAGAUCCAUCCUGUUCUAUCAACAGGCGCAAAGGAAAGGAUUGUUGAGUUCUUUAAAGCAAUCAGAACAGAUAGGGUAUAUAACAAUAGAAUUCUGGCGCAACCAAUAACACCAAGAAUCGUGGAUUCCUUGGAGCGGAUUGCAGAGGCAGUGGCCAAGCUGCAUCUGAGGGCCAUAGCCACGCGGUCAGAUGUAGACCAGGCCAUAGAGAUAAUUACCCUGGAAAGAAUCCCAGUGGAAGAAAAAAAGAAAAAAGGGUCACCGCAUGUGGCCUUUCUGCGCAUGCUAGAAGAAGCAGAGAACAAGGAAAUGAGAGAGAAAGAGAUAAGACAGCUAGGUCUAUCAGCAGGACUAGACAUAGAUACUGUUAUUAAGCUGAUCUAUAAAUUCAACGACCAAGGGAUUCUUAUUAAAAAAGGAGGAAAUAUAUACCAGGUAAAGCGGUAG